GGUUCACUCUUGCAGCAUGGUCAUCCGAAUAAUGGUCAUGGUGCCCCUUUACGCCAUAUCCUCUCUCAUCUCUCUCUUUUCCCUCGAAGCCGCGUUCUUCAUCGAUGCUGUCCGUGAUAUCUACGAGGCAUUCGUCAUCUACUGCUUUUUCGAUCUCCUUCUCCAAUAUCUAGGGGGAGAACGUUCCCUCAUGAUAUCACUGCAUGGCCGCCCUCCGAAGUAUCCCGUCUUUCCUGGAAACUUAUUCUGGCCAGAAGUUGACGUCAGCGAUCCGUAUACGUUCCUCUUCUUGAAGCGGGGUAUCAUUCAGUAUGUCCAGGUCAAACCUGUUUUGGCCAUGGUCACCAUCAUCCUGAAAGCAGUCGGGAAGUAUAACGAAGGUGCCCUACGAGCAAAUUCUGGCUACCUCUACGUCAGUAUAGUAUACAACAUCAGUAUAUGUAUGGCAUUAUACUGCUUGGCCAUAUUCUGGAUGUGCGUAAACGACGAUCUCAAGCCCUUUAGACCUAUGCCGAAAUUUCUCUGUGUUAAGGGCAUUUUGUUCUUCUCCUUCUGGCAGUCCAUCUUCAUCUCCAUUCUCGUCGCUGCCGGUGUCAUUACCAAGCUGGGGCCAUAUACAGAUAGUGAGCACAUCUCGCUUGCGCUCACGGACGCCCUUGUAUGCAUCGAGAUGCCCCUCUUCGCGAUUGCCCACCAGUAUGCUUUCUCGACUGUGGACUACAUCGACCCGCACGCCAAAUAUGCCGCGCGGAUGCCCAUGUGGCACGCUUUACGAGAUGCGUUUAGCUUGAAAGACGUCGUGGAAGAUACCAAGACUACGCUUCGUGGCGAAGGCAUGGAUUAUCGCGAGUUUGAGCCGAGCGAGGGCUUCAUGCACCAAGGCGCUGGGCGGGAUCGGCGCAUUCGUGCUGGUUUGCGCUACAGUCAGGGCGGAAAGCGCAAAUACUGGCUGCCUCAGCCAAUCACGUCUACCAAACCACCAGGAGCGAUGGAGAGAAGGGUCAACAAGGCCAUCGAGCGAGUGACUGGCCGUGACGACCAGGGCGAAGAGGUUCAUGCUCCGCUUCUUCCGCAGCAAGCACAGCACGUCGUCCACCUUGCGCCCGAUCUGCAAUCGCCAUCAGACGAAGACACGACGUUAUACAACUUCUCGGACCCCGCGAACGAAGGCUACGAUUUACCCUUCUCCGACAUCGACCCCGAGGACGAGGAGCUCUUCCGGCAGGCGCAGAAGCUGCUCUUCGGAGACUACAACUACCCGGUCGUCGACGUUAGCAACGAAUCGGCGCGCAUGCGCAUAUGGACCGAAGAAGAGCGCAUCCUGCGGGACGAACGCGGCGCGUACUUUUCCUCCAUCCUGGGGCCAAGCGCCAAGCGCGGCUACGGCGCUCGCACGGACACGCCGCCCGUGCGUCAGGUCGUCAUCGAUAAGGAGACGGACCGCCUCGCGGCUACGGACCCGGCGCACGCGCCGGACGACGUGCAUCUCCGCUGGACGAAGCUCGGCGGCCACUCGCCCGCGCGGUCGCCACGGAUACGCACGCUCUCGAACCAGGGCAGGGUCGCUGGCCCCGGCUCGGGCGCGGGCUCGGCGCCGUCCUCUGCGGGUUCGUCGGACCCGUCGUCGGCUGCGAGCAGCCCGCACAGCCGCCCCCGGCCCCCGCCGUCAUCCAAGGCGUCGCCGCACAGGGAGGACGAGCGCACGGCGCUCCCGCCGGACGCGGUCGACCUCGUCGUCGAGGACUCACACGCGGCGCACGAGGAGUCGGCGCACGAGCGCCGGCGCGGCGAGCCGCAGGGCCUGCGCAAGGUGUACCGCCGCGGGUAUGUCGUGCAGGACGAAGAUGGACCGAAGCGUGGCGAAGUGGAAGUAGACGCGCACGGUGAGGCGCACAGCCCGUUCGCCGUCGGCGAGGACGUCGAUGCGGUCUUGGAGACUGAGGGGACGGCCGUUGAGGACAUGGCCGUCACGCGCGCAGAGACGCCACCCGCGCAUGCGCAGAUUGUCGUGGACAAUUAUGAUGAGCUCCAAAGGCACAAUCCUUGGGCGUAAUUCUCAGCACAAGGCUUGGAUGGGUCUCUCUUCGUAUCAUGUCUGUCAUGUCUAUUUAUCGCUAUCUCUACCCGGAGCCACAUCGUUUCCUCUGUCUCAUACAAUUUUCAUCAAGGUACUUAGCCUCACGGUUCUCCAUCUCCUUGUCCUUGUCAACCUCCUGUACAAUGCACGCAGCACCUAGCUCUCCAAUAGCAUUCUUAUCCUUGACCUCUGCAGUGUCUGGUCGCUCCUGGUCUGUCGGGCCCAUGCUUGCCGCGGGGGCGCCUUCGUUCGCGUCAAGAACCACGCGCCCCAAGCCAAGACACAGCACGAGCUGGAAGACGGCCACGCCGGUUAGGAUGCGGUACCCGAGCUGGAAAGCGCCGACGUAUGCGGCAACGACGCGCGCGCCAAUGAGCGGGUCGUGCGCCGCGGCAACGGCGUCAUUGAUGUGCGCAAGGGCAUAACCCGAGGCGAAUGGCGCGAUGCUCGCGCGGAAGCGAUUGUUAAUGACUGGCGCGGGAGCGGGCCUUGUUAGGAGUGAUGAAAGUGUGGAAGGGGCUAGCGUACCUGUGCCGAUGAUGCCUACACCGAGGACGCCGCCGAGGUUCGGGAGAGCGGAGAUGAAGGCUGUCACGGUCGGGAGGAGGUCGUUGGGCAGUCCUGCUUGGGGGAUGACCAUCGUUACGAUAGUGCCCUGCGAGGUGAGUUAGCCUCGAGGAAGCGCAUAUAGCCAGCAUAUACCCACCGAGCCGAAGCCGAUCCCACUGACGAUGGUGUACGCGACAACCUGUCCAAUGCUGCUGCCCUCAUGCAGCGUCGU